UUGUGUCAUUGUUAAGUAUUAUAAUUAGUUCAAAGAAAAGGCAAUUUGAGACAAAAACAUAAAUUUAUAAUAAGAAAUAAACGCGGUUUGGUUUUAGUUAAAAAUCCAAGUUCUCACCUUUGCUUUGCUGUCCUUUACUGUAACCCAUCUAUUUGCCCCUAACUCCCCUAUUGCUCCUACUCCUCUUCACCUCUUCUCUUCUCUUUUAUUGAUUUUCAUUUGCUUAUUUCUUAUGUUUCUUAUUCAUAGAUCUUAAUACUCAAAUAAAGAUUCAAGCUUUACCAUUUUUUGUUUUAAAAAUUGUUUUUUUUUUCUUCAUAAAAAUCUAAGACUUAGAAGCUGAACCCAGAAACAAUGAAGUUGGAUCGAAGCUCUCCACUUAUAUUAUCUUUCUUUUUGAUGGGUUUUCUUGCUUUAGUUUCAUCUUCAUCUUCUUCUCAUAUCUCAGAUUCAAUCUUUGACUUUCAUGCUUCUUCUGGUCGUAAUCUCCUUCAAGCUAAGCAAGGUUGCCCUGUGAACUUUGAGUUUAUGAACUACACCAUCAUCACCAGCCAAUGCAAAGGACCUCAUUACCCUGCUAAGCAGUGUUGUGAAUCAUUCAAGGAAUUUGCUUGUCCAUAUGCAGAUAUGAUAAAUGAACUGAAAAACGAUUGCGCUUCGACCAUGUUCAGCUACAUAAACCUCUACGGAAGAUACCCUCCCGGUCUUUUCUCAAGCGAGUGCAGAGAAGGGAAGCAAGGUUUGGAGUGUCCUGCACUGCCACCAUCUGUAUCCAAAGAUGUAAAUUCAUCUCAUGCCAUGGCUUACUCAUCUCCACCGAUGAGCUUGCUAACAGCAGCCAUUGUUGUCUUGUUACUCAAGUUAUUUUGAGCAAAACACCAUUUGUUUUCCCCCUAAAAAAAUUAUUGGUUGUUCACUUACCCUUUGGGCAAUUUCAAUUUUUCAGUCAUGUUUCAGUUUCACCAUAGCUAUAUGCUAUAUAAAUAUAUAUAGAGGCCUUAUUGUAUGUACUAUGUAAUAUUCUUCUCCUUAGUUGUAAUUGUCUCCACUUAUGUAUUGGUUUGAGUUUAUUAUGGCUUUGUGGCCUUCCAAACUAAAGGGAGUUAAGGCAUCUCUUGUACUAGACAUGGAUUUGUGUUGUAUUACCUUCACAACUACAUAAUGUUAAAGAUUCUUUCAUAUUUAUUUUCA